AUGGAUAAGCAGAUAUCUUCACUCAAGGCAGAGCUGCGUCAGACCUGCUCAAAUGCUCGGUCGGGCACAAUUGCCGAAACCGAUUCUGCAUCUCCUACAGAAUCACCAUUUACGAGGAAAGGCUCUACACUUGCCAAAUCUCCCGGAAAGCACUUCGUCGAAGACGCUACCGGCGCUACCAUCUUCCUAGGCAGCCAUUCGGAUCCACCUGUCGCUCUGGGAUGCCGACGAGCUGGGAGUGACCCAAUGCUUAACGAUGCAAUGCUCUCCGACCAGCUUGUCCCCCGGACGUAUCCGUUUACGAACCUGUGGAAGCAAGAGCCCGGAGCCGGUGAAAUAUGUGAGACUUUACCAGACGAGUCGGAUAUUAUCCGAUAUUGGCAAGUCUAUCAAACAAACGUCCACCCGUUUUACCCAGCGCUGGUGACCUACGAGCAAUUCAAUAUCUCGCUAUUUGAAUUUAUGAACAAGCGCACAGGAAUGCUGCUGGAAAAUGAGGCGAUGAGAUUAGAUGACGUGGAUUCCUCGUGGCUUGCACUGCUCUUUGCUGUGCUUGCCUGCGGAGUGCAGUUCUCGAAUGACCCCAUCAAGGAGCGGGAUCUACGCUGCAAGGUGUUCAUCUGCUCAUCUUUCCAAUGUCUCCGAGCCUCAAAUUUCUUCAACAACACCAACAUGAACCAGAUCCAAGCCAAGGCGUUAAUUGGAAACUGCCUGCGGAACAACCUCGACACUAACAGUGCCUGGAUUCUGAUGGGAUCAACUAUACGCCUUGCGCAGAGUAUUGGACUACAUGAAGAGACAGCCUCAGAAACGCAAAGUUCCACGCUGGAACAAUUCCAGCGAAAACGCUUAUGGUGGAUGCUGUUAUGGCAAGAUACUUUCCUCUCCUUCACUUACGACCGCCCACCAAACAUAAACAAGCUAAGCAGCAGCAUCCCACAUGACCCAGGCACAGGUCCAGGAUGGUCCUUCGCAGAAUGCGUCUGUGCCAUAUGCCAAGUCCUCCUCGAGCGUGCACGACAAGACAACACUGAAACCAUCACCGAAAUACUAUCCUUCAAAAGCCGGAUGGCAGCUAUAUUCGAAGACGCCGCCCCGUUCCUUUGUGACAAAUCCCACUGUCGCAGCCUGCAAGAUCAUCUCGAGCGUCUAGCCCUGAAUAUCCACAUCUGCUACGCGGUCUGUCGUCUCUGUCGGCUGAUUCUGGAGUCUUCAUCCAGUGAAUCUCAUAGUCCGACUGUAGAUUUCGAUUCCAUCAAGAUGGAAUGUAUUGACUGCGCUGCUCAGGCUGUUGAGAGCUUUUUGGAUAUGCAUCGUCUUGCGGCGACCGUGUGUCGCUCCUGGGCGUUUGUUCACAAUGCUGUUAGUUGUGCGCUCACGCUUCAGAGCUUGGUUUCUUCGGGUCCGCAGCGUUCGCGUGCUGGAGUGCUUGUUGAGCGGUUGAUUGUUGUGUUGGAGCGCGAGGAACAGCAGUCUGUGUGGGAGGAUACGGAUACUAAUAUAAGGUACUUUGGUCCAUAUUCUCGGGCUUUGAAGGCCUUGCGGGAGACUAGUGAUGGUCAGUGA